CUUAAACCCCGCCUUCGCGCCCGACUCUCCUGCGCGAAGCCAGCACGCUCGUGCACUCCCAUCUCUGGUUUUUUUUUUUGUAAACAUGGCUGCGACACUGGCCGCUGAACCCGAGCACUCACAAACAUAAACUAUUCAUUCAGUAGCAACAGGAGGAAGGGGCAGUAAGAUGAAGAACCACUGGGUCUUUUCUGGAAGAGGAGAAGAAUAAGAAGACGAGGAUGACCACCAGCUGCGAAAUACUUACCUAAACAGCGGACUGCGCUGAAAGGCAAAAAGUUUUAGCUGUGUGAAGUUUGACAGCCACUUGGCUCGCUCGAGAGCUAACGUAGCCUAGCUAGCAAACUAUUCAAGCUAGCAGCACGGUUAAACUAGAUAUUUAAUUGCAUUUAGAUGAGUAACGAGAUCUUUGGUUACAUUUCGAGUCAGUUGUGUUAAAUUUAUAACUCUUCGCUGAAGCGGGUUGCUAAUGAACACAGUCCUGCACAGGGACAUCACCACUGUGUGCUUUCCUUUUGUCAUUUUUUUUGUCAUUUAAAUGAAUGAAUAACGCUGCUCCUUUAUCCUGGGAGGAUGGAUUUGGCGUAAUACCGUUACAUCAUUAUCCCAAAGGAGGAAUUUAGCAGGGAAAUGCAAUGGUCUGAUCUAAUUCUUCAUAAUCAUCCAUCGCCGACGUUUGUCUUGCUAAAAAUACAUCAGCUGAUCUGCUCUGGAUAUCAACAUGUUUUCUCCAAAAACUCCGAAGCCGACUUUUACCUCCUAUCUUUCUCCACUUCAGACCGACGCGAAGAAAUAUCUUCCCGUGUCCACCAAGAAACUCGAGGCCCGACUCUUACCAGGGGAGAUCGUGGUAAACGAGGCAAACUUUGUGCGGAAGUGCAUUGGGGCAGACAGCAGUCAAGAUGACCUGUGGGGAAAGCUCAUCUGCACCAACUUCAAGGUGUCCUUUGUUACCCAUGAUACCUUGCCACAACAGAGGUUCCAGUGUGUCCAUCGCCUCUUGGGAGAACAUGAUGUCCCGUUGACAUGUGUGGAGCAGGUUGUGACUGUGAAUGAUGCAAAGGGUAAGCAGAAGGUUCUGGGCUCCAAUAAGAAGCUAAAGUUUAAUCCCACUGAGUUAAUCUUGUACUGCAAGGAUUUCCGGAUCGUCCGCUUCCGCUUCGACGAAGCUGGACCCGAGACUGCCAAGAAGGUUUGCCUUGCUAUUGCACACUACUCCCACCCAGCCGACAGUCAACUACUGUUUGGGUUUGAGUAUGUUGGUACGUGCUACUACAGCUCCUCAGGUCAGAAGGUGAAUGGGGUGGACUCAGGGAAGGGGGUGCAGAUGGCCAUGUUUGACUGCUCUUCUGACUGGGACAGAGAGAUCAAACGCACCGGUGCUUCAGAAUGGAGAGUGUGCUCCAUUAAUGAGGAGUAUCUGGUCUCCCCUAGUCUCUCAGAGUUCUUUGUAGUUCCGUCUUCCUUGGCAGAUCAGGACCUGAAGCAGUACGCCUGUUAUUUUAAAGCUCAGCGUCUCCCAUUAUGGUGCUGGAAUCACCCCAAUGGGAGUGCCCUGGUUCGUAUGUCCAACAUCACCGAGCCCCAGCAGCAGAGGAAGCUUGAUCAAAGGAUCUGCAGCGCGAUAAUCAAAAGCCACCCGAUGCGCAGCAACGUCCUAAAGACAGAUUUGGACAAGAGCCUGCCGAGCAUCCAGGAAAUCCAGUCUGCACUAGUGAAGCUGCGGCAGAUCUGUGUGAUUGCAGAGCCCUUCGAGGAGUCUGAGGAAAAGUGGCUGUCGUCCAUGGAAAGUUCACGGUGGAUGGAAUAUGUCAGGGCAUUUUUGAGGCAUGCAGUGGAGGUCAUCUACAUGAUGGAGGGGAAACAAUCCUCUGUCAUUCUGCAAGAAGAAGAAGACCGGGAUUUGAGUUGCAUCAUUGCGUCUCUGGUGCAGUUGAUGUCUGACCCUCAUUGUCGGAGUCGGGCAGGUUUUCAGGGCCUGGUGCAGAAGGAGUGGGUGAUGGCUGGCCAUCGCUUCCUCGACCGCUGCAAUCAUUUGAAGAAGAAUGAUAAAGAGGAGUCCCCCUUGUUUUUGCUGUUCCUGAACUGCGUUUGGCAGUUAAUGGAGCAGUACCCAGCAGCCUUCGAGUUUACAGAGAUGUACCUCACAGUGCUGAGCGACAGCAUGUGGAUCCCUGUGUUCAGUACUUUCCUUUUCAACUGCCCACGACAAAGAGCUGAACACAGCAGGGAUUUUGCUGUGAGUAAGAGUAUAUCUCUGGGACAUGACAAAGUUUUGCAGUUCCCCCCUGUGUGGGACUGGUCACAGCAAUUCAACCUGAAAGAUCAGGCCCUCUUUAACAAUCCUCUGUACGUGGGCAAGAGCGCCCCCUGUGUGCACAACGGCACGGUACGGACGUUCACACACAAACGUAGCAAGAAAAACUACAGUUCCACACUUCGAGGUCUGCCUUCAGAUCUGAAGAAUGGCGGUCUGGGUGUACUCGAAACUCUGCCACGGCGAAAUUCUCUGAUGCCUCGACUCCGUACAGAAGUCGCACAGGCGAAUGAUAAGCAAGAGAGCCCUGCUGAACGCUUCUUGCAGGACUGGCUUUCUCGGCCAGCUGAGCUGCAGGGCUUGCUGCUGCCCCAGCUCCUGCCUUCCCACCUGCCCCUAUGGAAACUCUACUUCCUGCGCUGGGUGCCCGAGGCCCGCAUUCCCAAUGGUGGCCCCAUCACCACCUUCCACAAGCUCUCCGUGCUGGUGGACGAGAUCGAAAUUCUACAACAUCAGCUAAGGCAAUAUACAGGAGGGGCGACUCCAGUAAGCAGUCCCUGCAGCCCCCAGGGUGAAUCCGGCAAAAUGUACUUUAAGGCAGGAUUGUCUUCAAGCGAAUCCCCUGCACCUCCUGAGUACCUCAGCUCCUCGUUUCCCUUCUCCCCCAUGGGCAAUCUGUGUCGCCGCAACAUCCUGGGUACACCCCUCAGCAAAUUCCUCAAUGGCGCCAGAAUUUGGCUGUCCACAGAGACACUGGCCAAUGAGAACCUCUGAAAAACUGAAGUCUGAUUUAAGGCCUCCAAGCAGCGAUCGGAUUGGUGUAGCAUCAUCAUGCAUGACUGGAAGCCUCUAGAAUGUUCUCCCCUAUUCACACUGAUCUAUUUGGCAUUGUCAGUUGUUUUCAAGAGCUGUUCAGCCAAAUGCCAACAUCAGAAUGUUUGUGGUUAAGUUGUGACGGUGUGUAUUUAGCAAUAGACUAAGAAAAGCUUUGUCACAGCUAACACUGAAUAAGGCUAUGUCAUUAAGAUUCUUUUAUUUCUGUGCUAGUUUGAUUUACUGAUGCACUUAGUGUGAGAUUUAGUCUGUCGUCCAGUAGGCAUGAGCCAAUGUUAUAAGUUCAUAAUACCAUAACAGCCCGAACCUUUAUACUUUAUAAUAUUAUUAUUAUUAUUGCAAUUUAUGUAAUUAUGUCUCAGUGGGAGAUGUUCUGUUGUUCUGUCUACCCUUGAACUAUCAUCUAAUGAGUAUGGCAUUAUGGUGUAUAAAUCGGUACAUGCCUAUUAUUCAGAAUUUAUUUGAGUGUGCUCUUUGUUUUUUCUUUUACAAAGCAUCAUUAAGAAUUCGUAUAUUCGUUCGCUCUUUUUGAACUGCCAGUACUGAUUCAUUUUAUGUUUUAUUUGAGGAGUUACGGCUUAUGAUAAAUGAUGAAAGUAGGACUUUAAGUUAAGCCUGUGGUAGAAAAAAUCUUUUAACACUUUUUUUUUUUAUUUUAGUAUGUAUAGUUAUAUAGAUUUUGUAAGAGGCCUUCUGGAAAGGUCUACUUGUAGGUAGCUUUUAUUAAAAUUGUGAAUUGUGUGGGUAAUGUCAGGGAUUGUCCACAAUAACCCCCAGAAUGCAGGUGACAACUGUGCACUCAAAGUGAUAUCUAACACACAAAGGCUGGUCCUGGUUUGUUAGUUCCCUCGCCCAACAGGAAGCACAGAAUAGCUGCUCUGAAUAACUGACUACUGCUCCAACCAAUCAGCUGGUUGAACUGGUACAGCAGUCGAGUGCACCGUAUCCCAGUAGGCACAUAGUGAAUUAGUUUUAGAUCGGAAAGGGCGAGUUUGUAAAAGUAGGUUAGAGGCUUUAUUGGGAAAAACAGCACUUGUUACCUCUUUGUUGACUUUAGUUUUAAAAACCUCUUCUUUUUAACUGGACUGUCAUUCUUUUUUUAUUUGAUCUAUAGCCUUCUAUAAAGACGUGAAUUUAUUAGAUGUAGAUCAGGGUUUGGGACCGGGGUGGACGAUAUGCCGAUAUCGAUAUCACAAUAAAUUGUCAUGUAUCUAAUUGUACUAUUACUCAGACUAGCAAGUAGUGUAUUGGAUAUUAAUAUAAUUUUUCCCUAAAAACUUGCUGUUGAAUAGCAAAUAUUUGUUUUUGGUUUUUUUUUUAGUUGAUCUACUAAUUCGUUGACAAUGUUAGUGAAACAAUCAUGUAUUGUAAGAAUGCCUCCAGAUUUUUUUUUAUUUUUUUUGACGUAUUGUCCACCCUUAUUUUGUGAACAUGUAUUUGGAUGGAAUUUAAUUUUUUACCUUUUAUUGUCUAAAAUAUGGUACUUUUUCCAGCCAUUAAUCCUUGAUAAUAAUUUUGUGAUUAGUUUACCACUAUUACAGUGCACUUGAAGCUGUUGACCACAAAAAUUACUUGAUCUUAACACUUUUAUGUUUUUGUUUUUUUCACCUAACAGCGCUGAUAUUUAUUCAGAUAUGCAAAGAAGCUGAACCAGGGGUAAUUAUUCUAAUCCUGUGUGCCUUUUUAAAACUGUGGCCUUGCUUGUCAGUGGAUUUUGGGUUUUUUCCUCUCUUUCUCUCAGGCUGGAACAUGCCAGCACUGCCUCCUACAUCAGUGGCUAAACUCAACAUAAUUCCAAAGCUUUGUGUGUUCAAGUGUAGAAUUGUGUAAUGCGUAAGCUAUGAGGCUGUGCGGCUGGGCUCCUGUACUAAUCGAAAAGGGCUCUGAUGAACUCCUUUGGAUAUUCUCAGCACUGCAGGGCGUGACUCUGAGCUACUGUGCAAGAUAUGAUUUUUUCUGAUAUGUUUCCUUGAGAAUUAAAAAUGGGUUGACACUUCAACUUGCAAGUUUCCCCCUCAGUUAAUCAUUGAAUAUCAGGUCACACAGGCUCUCUAACACUUCAUAUGCAAUGCAGUUAAAUAAAGUUUGACGAUUUAACGUUUGGCUGUUGAAAAGCUGUUAAAAUAAAUUGUUGUGAUGAUAAAAUAAAACACCAGAUUAAGAAUA